GGAGCAAACCGGAAGUGCUGUUAGAUUGAUGGAGUCAAUGGAGGUUUGUUAUUUGUGCCGUUGUCUGUGAACAAAGCAACGUUUUCCAAGUUCACAAAUUGUCUACGAUAUCAGCGUGACUGGAAGUGGACGUUAACACUCCUGAUCACUGUAGUUGUCACGACAUCGACUUGCAAGGUUUGAUGGAAGACGAAGUCGACUGUCACUCACUGUUCUAAAAAUUGGAAGUCAAGACUCGGCCAGAUUUAUUUAACACUUUAUACAACUAUAAAAUUUAAACUACAGGACUACACAUAAUCGGGUACAAAGAUUUGAAUAAUGGACAUGGAAACUAAUGAUGGCAACACUUUUCAUCAGUGUGUUGUAUGUGAUGCGAUUUUUCAACAACUUGAUCAUUUAGAAAAACACAAUAAAAUACAUGUUAAAAAAGAGAAAAUUGAUGAUGUAGAUGAAUAUUGUCCAGUUCAUUUUGACGAAAAGAAAACUGCUGAUGUAGAUGAAUAUUGUCAUGUUAAAGAAGAGAAAACUGAUAAUGUAGAUGAAUAUUGUCAUGUUAAAGAAGAGAAAACUGAUGAUGUUGAAACAGUUCAUCAGUGUAAUUUAUGUGAUGAAGAAUUUAACUCCAAUACAGAUUUAGAGGAACAUUGUACAAUACAUGUUAAAGAAGAGUUGAACGCUGAUAAUGAUAGUGAUAUAGACCUACAAUCAGCUUACUCUCAUGCUUUAGCUAACAUUUAUAAAUGUGAUAUUUGUUUCAAAUUGUUUAGUCAUAGGCAAAAUCUACAGAGACACAUAAAGGGUCAUGCAGGAGAUCAGUUACUGUCCUCCAUUGGUUUGGGCGAACAUUACGAUCUCGAUUCAGUUAAGAAACUUCCCUCUGCAAGAAUCACAAAUAGACUAGUUCAAGGCAUUGUUGCUAAAUUUCCGAACAAUGGGGAGCACAUGUCUAUAAUUAGGGCCUUACAUGAUGACUGCAUAACGUUUACUGACAAGGACAUUCGAAGUAGGCUGGCCCGACUGAAGACUAAGGCUAGGAAGCUGGGCAAAAAUGUAAAUAAUUCCAAUAAAUUUUUUAAAUUGUAUGAAGAUUACCUUGACAGUCCCUUUUUCCCCUUGACAGUAGACGAGACAUCAUCGGCAGAUACCAACACGACAAAUUCAGUUAAUAAAGAGACACAGACAUCUGUCGAUGAGACUUUGACCAAUCUAAAUAAGAAAAAUAAAUAUUUAUUAAAUAAGAUCAAUAGGGAUAAAGUAACAAUUUUCCGUUUAAAAAAUCAACUCAGGAAGACCUCUAAAGCAUUGAUUCGUUUGAAAGCUAAAAAUAAGAAAGCUUUGGCAAUUAAAAAAAAUGGUUCAAGUCCCAACCUUGUGGGGAAGAAUUGAUUUUGUAAUAUUGUGUUCUCUGUUCUCUAUAAAAAGUGGUUUUGUGAUAUCUAUGACUUUGUCACAAUUUUGAUCCGAUUUUGACAAGACUUGAAAUAUAGGUUUAUCUUCCAAAGAUCUUGGUUCCGUUAUGGCUUCUCAUUGUACGAAAAAUAAAGUUUUAUUUAUGUCACAAUUUUUAUCCGAUUUUUAAAUACAUCUACAAAUGUAUAUCACAAGCUGAUUAUCCUAUUUCGUUUCGUUUUUAUAGUUCAAAAUUACUACACUAGGAUCUGGAAGAGCUUUUAUCAUUGACGUGUUCUGGCUGAUGUGAGGGAUUAGCCAAUGAAACGGUCUGUUACGGCGAGCUUUAGGCAUAUUUUACACGGAACUGUGGGUAAUCCACAAUUAACAUCAAUGCUGAUUGGUUAAUCAAAUGUCUGACGUCAUAGGUCAAAAGCCACUUGUAUGACCUCUGACACAUCCUAUCGCUACAACCGGUCAGAUCUUCAUGUUGUGUAGGCCAUUGAAAGUAUAAAUAAUGAAAUGAAAUAUAGAUCUGUAUUUUAAUCUAAUUGUGUAUAUCACUGUUACAUCUUAAUGACGUUAGAGUUCAAAUUUCGUCAAAAUCAGACCGAAACUGCCUGGCAAAAUUACCAUUCCUUGUACGCAAAUAGUGUGAAAGUAUGUAAUACCAAGGUUGUGAACCUUCUAGAGGUCAUAAUUUUUUAUCUGAUGUUGAUAAAACUGAAAAUAUAUACCAAAGAUCUUGGUUCCUUUCGAUAUUCGCACAUAUCAGAAUGUAACUUCCUGGUUUAUGGCCCCUGGUUUAUCAAAUGUCUGAUGUCAUAGGGUCAAAAGCCGAUUGUAUGAUCCCUGACAUGACCUCCCAAUACAACUGGUCAGAUAUUCAUGUAGUAGAGGCCAUAGAAAGUAUAAAAAACGAAAUAUAGAUCUGUAUUUUAAUAUAGAUCUGUAGUUGACAAUUUUUAAAUAUCUACCACCGAUUGUAUGAAUGCAUUACUUGUUUGUAAUUGUAAUUUAUAUCUACCACCGAUUGUAUGUAUGCAUUACUUGUUUGUAAUUGUAAUUUAUAUCUACCACCGAUUGUGUUUGUGUGUACAUGUAAUUUAUUAUCAAAUAUAUAUGAUUAUGUCUAAAUGUAUGUGUCUACAUGUUGUCCUUAGUUGUUACAUGAAACUUUUUAAUAAACGUAC